AUGCGACAUUUGCACGACAGUUGUUUGUCGUGCGUUUUGAUGAGAACCCCAUUCCCGUCGCCAUUCCUCUCACCCCUCUCAUCGCCCACUAUGCUAUCCUCGAGUUCGCCAAAUCGCCCACCCGUCUCCCUUUCCGUCGCGCGUCACGUCGCCAUCUCGUCGCCCGUCCCGUCGCCCUCUUCGUCGCCCUCUCUCCCCUCCUCUCCUCCCGUCGGCCUCUCUCUCGCCCCUCCCUACCGAUCGCCCUCCCGGCGCUCGCCCCGUCGCGCUCUCUCUCUCCGCUCCCUUCCCGUCGCCCUCUCUCUCGCCCCUCCCUUCCCGUCGCGCUCUCUCUCUCCGCGCCCUUCCCGUCGCCCUCUCUCUCGCCCCUCCCUUCCCAUCGCUCUCUCUCUCUCCGCUCCGCCCUCUCUCUCGCUCCUUCUUCGAAUCGCGCUCUCUCUCCGCUCCCUUCCCGUCGGCCUCUCUCUCCGCUCCCUUCCCGUCGCGCUCUCUCUCUCCGCUCCCUUCCCCUCGCCCUCUCUCUCGCCCCUCCCUUCCCGUCGCGCUCUCUCUCUCCGCUCCCUUCCCGUCGCCCUCUCUCUCGCCCCUCCCUUCCCGUCGCGCUCUCUCUCUCCGCUCCCUUCCCAUCGCCCUCUCUCUCGCCCCUCCCUUCCCGUCGCGAUCUCUCUCUCCCUCCCUUUCCGUCGCCCUCUCUCUCGCCCCUUCUACCCGUCGCGCUCUCUCUCUCUGUGCCCUUCCCGUCGCCCUCUCUCUCGCCCCUCCCUUCCCAUCGCGUUCUCUCUCUCCGCUCCGCCCUCUCUCUCGCUCCUCCCUUCGAAUCGCGCUCUCUCUCCGCUCCCUUCCCGUCGCGCUCUCUCUCUCCGCUCCCUUCCCAUUGCCCUCUCUCUUUCUGCUCCCUUCCCAUCCUCCCUUCUCGCUCGCCUCGAAUAG